AUGCUGAAUCUUCAAGCUAAGUUAAAAACAACAAGAAAGGUUCCUCUUUUAACAAACUUUCCCACACCAACACCCUCACUCAAUAAUCUCAACUUCUUUUCUCUUCCCUCAGUAAAAAUAAAAAUAAAAAUGCCUUUGAAGAAGAAGAGGAAGUAUACACUCAAAACCAUAUUAAAACCCAUGUUUAUGGCUUGCUGUUGCGGCUCGACCGUUCCGCCCUCAACUCACAGCCACUACACGCCGGGACCACCGGUUUCUCCCACGGUGUUACGCAGCCCAUGUCCCAAGAUUGAUGAGAGCGUCGCGAUGGCUAAGGAAUCACUCAAUCCAUUCGAAGAUUACAAGAAGUCAAUGAAUCAGAUGAUCGACGAGAGAGAUAUCGAGACAGAAGAUGAUCUCAAGGAGCUUCUUAGGUGUUUCUUGGACAUAAACCCUCCUCCUCAACACAAUCUGAUCGUCAGGGCUUUUGUGGACGUCUGUUCACAUCUUCGGCCACCACACGAUCGCCGCGGAAAGACACUUGGGAGGUUGCUUCGUCUUUAUGUGAAUCCUCUUGAUAAUAAUGAUGAUGAUUCACACCAAACCUCUUCAUUUAAGAUGAGAAACUGAUCCUCUUCAUGAAUAUGUAUAUGUUACAAUAUUGUGAACAAAUG